AUGGGCAGGAAUUGCACGUUGUGUGGUCGCAAUGGGCAUAACUACAGAACGUGCAGUGAGAAAAGCAAGACCAUCAAAUUGUUCGGUGUGAAGAUCAGUACUAGUACGAAAAAAGAUAAUGGAAGAAAAAUAAAGAAAGGAAUUGCAUGGACAGAGGAUGAACAGAGAUUAUUAUUGAAAGGAUUGGAGAUUCAUGGGAAAGGUAAGUGGGCAAAGAUUGGUAAAGAUUUAUUGCCAAGUAGAACACCAACACAAAUUGCUAGUCAUGCUCAAAAGUAUUUUAUGAGAUUGGAAUCUGCUUCCAAUGACAGAAAAAGUCGUAAGAAGCCAAGUGUUUUCGACCUUCAUCUUGAACAAGAGACUAUUGUUUCUGAGCAUGAUAUAAAAAUUGUUCCGUUGGAAAAUCAAGACCAAGAAACUGCAAACUCUCAAGUGGUUUGCAACUAG